UCAUGGAAGGAGCCAGAACCAAUCCAAAUUUAUGACGGAACUCACUCGCUCUCGCCUUGAGGCCUGCCUCAAACGCCUCGCCUCAAACGUACGCACGGCUUCGUGCAGGAACUGCUUCUUUGUAGCAUAAAGCUUGACACACUGGCAACCCAGAGCCUACCCACCGAUUGCAGAAGAUUUGGUACCUUCGCGAAGAACUUCUCAUUACUUCGAGGCGGCUCUUGAAUAACGACAUAGCACCGUGGCUCAUAUCGCCCGAAGAGAUCAUUUCGCAGCCUCCUGUCGUUCCGUCGUCUUCCUCCUCUGCACUACUAUCAUCAAUCUCUCUAUUUGACAUUCAGCCAUAUCCUAUUCACGACUGCUAGCUUUCUUGACGACAUGUCUGCGCCAUAUGUCUACAAUCCACAGGCAGAGCACUUCCCACCAUUCCGAUGGCAGGCUACGAGCAGCUGUUGGCCCCGCGCAUAUGGCCAGCCAUGCAGUGCCAACACGCCACAUGCUCCGUCACCUCCCGCUACGAUAUAUCCUCCUUCUCCGUACGCCAGCCCCCAACAGCAGCCUGUCGCAGAGUCUCCCUUUAUAUCUGGUUUAAACGGCCCAGACCUGUUCGGAUCUCCAUACCAACACAGCAGACAGUCGCCCAUACAACCAUUCAUUCCUCCAUUAUCACCUUUCGCCGAGCCUAUCAGUCGAGCACCUUCGUGGCCGGGGGCACCACCGAGUUGGAGUCCACCAAGCACGCCGUUCGCUGCUGCUGCCACACCUGUUAUCGCCGGCGCUCCAAUUAUCACUGGGGCAUUCCCUGCGACGCCGUUUGCUGGUGGGCCCUAUGGCACGCCAUACCCAGCUUUGGUCCAAUCAUUCAGUGGGGCACCAUUCGCCAAUCAGCCACUUCCAGGCAUAUAUCCAUCCAACUACGGAUCAUUUCCUGGACAGAUUCAGAUUCAUCCAUCGCUCAGCAGUGACACUUGCUCACGCAUAAUCCUAUUCGAUCUCUCAUAUUCAGCUUUCCUUCCGCAGAAGCUCGUCUCGCCUGGCAGCGAGGAUACGGUUCACUUCUCCAUGUCCGACAUCCAAGCACAGGCUUUUUACCCAGGCGUGAACAGGCUGCGAAUCGUCUGCGAUAUGACGCCAGACUUGCCGAUCGAGCUGGCGUACCCUCUCGGUGGCCAAGGCCCCCCGAUCAGCGUCGGGGAUGUGCUCAUUGCUAUCCAUCAGCAACUGCACAAACCCAUCUCGAGUGAAGACUGGGAGGCUUUGUCGUCGAAGAAAGAAGCUCGAGUCUCGAGAGCUUUCACGCGCCGUUGCAGGCAAGAGAGUAUCCGAUGUCAAACCGGAUACAAGUCCGACUGUGGAAUACACGAGCGACAGAAGGGUGUCAAGUUUGUCGAUUUUCUGCAGGGAAAAACGAUGUUCCGAGGGCUUGUGAAGACUGACGAUGGACUGCUGAAACUGGUUGUGGCCGACCCUUAAAUUAUAUUUCUGUAUGUAUAUGUACCAGAACUGGGCACCAUUGACAGUAACCGCGUGUACCGCCACCUGGCCAGUAGUAGUACUCUAUGUGUACUGUAUGCAUGUCCGCAUAUGAUUCUUACUAGAUGUGAUUUCGAUCAGGACGCGCGGAAUCCAAGCCCGGAUGACUCCGUGGGAAUGUUCUGGUCUUUUCCGGAAGCGUCCGGCUCGGCAAAUCAGCUUACAUAUACGCGCACGCAAAUUUUCCAACUCUCACCUCUUCCCCCAUCCCUCCCCCUCCAUCAUGUUUCUUCGUCCCCUCCGUGCGGCUAGUCGUUCAGGGCCCCAUGGCCGUUCAUUACUUUCACGGUCUAUGAACACCAAAGUCAACGGCCCCGUCGUUGGUAUUGACUUGGGGACCACGAACUCUUGUGUCUCCAUAAUGGAGGGCAAGACGUCUCGUGUCAUUGAAAACGCGGAGGGUGCCCGCACAACCCCGUCAGUAGUCGCUUUCGCCAAGCACGGCGAACGUCUUGUCGGUCUCCCUGCCAAACGCCAGGCUGUUGUCAACUCCGCCAACACUGUGUUCGCCUUCAAGCGUCUCAUUGGCCGUCAGUUCAAGGACAAGGAGGUGACUGAGGACAGGCAGCACUGGCCUUUCAACGUCGUCGCCGGUCCCGAGGGUCGUCCUGCAGUGCAGGUUGAGGUCGACAACCAAAAGAAGAACUAUUCUGCGGAAGAGCUUUCGUCCAUGGUCCUGGUGAAGAUGAGGGAGACCGCUGAGCAGUUCUUGAACCAGAAAGUCAACCAUGCUGUCAUCACUGUCCCCGCGUACUUCAACGAUGCCCAGCGUCAGGCCACCAAAGACGCAGGCCAGAUUGCCGGUCUUGACGUGCUUCGUGUCAUCAACGAGCCGACCGCCGCUGCGCUGGCCUACGGUUUGGACAAGGACAGCAAGGCGAAGGUCGUUGCAGUCUACGAUCUUGGCGGUGGAACUUUCGAUAUCUCCAUUCUGGAAAUGCACGAUGGCGUGUACGAAGUCAAAUCCACCAAUGGCGACACCCACCUUGGCGGAGAGGACUUUGAUGUUGUUCUGGUCGACUUCAUUUUGAGCGAAUUCAAGAACGAGCACGGCAUUGACCUGAAGUCGGACCGGAUGGCCAUCCAGCGUAUCCGUGAAGCUGCUGAGAAGGCGAAGAUCGAGCUCUCGUCGACCAAUCAGACUGAGAUCAAUCUGCCGUUUAUCACUGCGGAUGCCAGCGGCCCGAAGCACAUCAACAGCAAGUUGUUGCGUUCCAAGUUCGAGUCCCUCGUCGCUCCUCUCAUCGAACGGACCGUCGCACCUUGCAAGAAGGCUUUGACUGACGCUGGCGUCAAGGCCAGCGAGGUCCACGAAGUCAUCUUGGUCGGUGGUAUGACUCGCAUGCCUCGUGUUGGUGAGACGGUCAAGGCCGUCUUCGGUCGAGACCCCAGCAAGGGCGUCAACCCCGACGAGGCUGUUGCCAUCGGUGCUUCCAUCCAGGGAGGUGUUUUGGCCGGCAACGUCACGGACGUUCUGCUCUUGGAUGUCACUCCUCUGUCCCUCGGUAUCGAGACCCUUGGUGGUAUCAUGACCAAGCUCAUCACUCGUAACACGACCAUCCCCACCAAGAAGUCGCAGGUGUUCUCCACCGCGGCGGACGGCCAAACCGCGAUCGAGGUGAAGAUCUACCAGGGUGAGCGUGAGCUCGUCCAGGACAACAAGCUGCUCGGCAACUUCAACCUGGUCGGCAUCCCCCCCGCGCCCAAGGGCGUUCCCCAGAUUGAGAUCACCUUCGACAUUGACGCUGACGGUAUCGUCAACGUUUCUGCCAAGGAUAAGGCUACCAACAAGGAUCAGUCCAUGACCAUCGCCUCCUCUUCUGGCUUGAGCAAGUCUGACAUCGGCAAGAUGGUGUCGGAUGCGGAGCAGUUCGCCGAGACCGAUAAGGCUCGCCGUGAGCUGAUCGAGGAGGCUAACAAGGCUGAUUCCGUCUGCGCUGACACUGAGAAGGCUAUGUCCGAGUUCAAGGACCAGCUCGAUGCGACUGAGAAGGAGAAGGUCACCAACCUUGUCAGCCAACUGCGCGAGAUUGCGCUCAAGGGCCAGGCUGGUGAUGCCUCCAUCACACCAGACAUGAUCCGCGAGAAAAUCAACGAGACCCAGCAGGCUUCGCUCGGACUUUUCCAGAAGAUCUACGAGAAGAAGAACGCAGAGAACGCCAGCUCCGAGUCGUCCUCUGAGCCCAAGGAAGAGAAGAAGGAUGACCUCGUCGUGUCGCCCGAUAGUCACAUCAACGCGACGCGUGGGAUGGACGACACAUACUCUGAACCUACCACAUCUCCGCGUAAGCGCAGGGAGAAUGAGACUCCUCAGCAGCGCCUCAAACGAGAGAAGGCCGCCGAACGUCAGAGAAGGAAACGCGAGCGCGACCGGGCUGCAACUGGCAUCGGCCCCCCUCCUGCGAUGGUCUUCCCUGCAGUGUCCGCCCCCCAUCCCCAAGACCCGCAUUUCCACCAGCAAGACUACCUCUCCGCCCCGCCCCAGAUGGCCCCUGUUGCUGUCCGACCUGAUGACAGUCACCUCACGCCAGAGGAAAUAGCGCGACGGGAUCGAGUUCGAGCGUCUGCAAGGGACCGGCAGCGCAAGCAUCGACAGCUGGUCAAGCAACGUAAGAUGCGCGAGUUAGGUCUCGAUAUGGGAAAUGAAGUGAUGCCUCCCAUGGACGACGCGAGUGCUGCGGCUGGCCCCCCUCCGAUACACUACCGCGUUGAUGCGGACGGGAACUAUGCGCCUGUUACCGUGUUGGCACCACAUGAACUCCAGCAAGCGUUGCAACUCCAGUCAGGCCCCGAGCCACCAUUCCCUGCCGGUCCUGUACACGGGGGGCAGACCUUCGCCACCACUCUGCUGCUCUCGUUUUCCUGUGCUCCUCUGUUGAAGCAGCACCUGCUUCGGACGCUCAAUAUGGAGAACGACGAGUUGCCCACUCUUGAACCGGUAAUUGCUGAAGCCUGGGACCGAUGGGACCAUGCGCGACGAGGAUUGGUCUAUCAUCCGCCAGGCUCGCAAGAGUUUGCCGGUGCCCCCUCAGGACCAACCUACCCUUAUGCGGAGGCAGCACCCGCCGGUCCGCCUCCGACGCAAGACUUCCGCAGCCGUUUUGCCGGGGCCAUGACUGUUCCGGUGCCGUUCAGAGCUGCAUUCGUUGCGGCACAGGCCAACGGUGUAGGUGACCAGGGUGUAUCCGUGAAUGGCACCGAUGCUGCAGGCACCAACGCAGGCCAGGCGGGAACGAUUGAUCCUCAUCUGGGACAGGGAAGCGAAGACAAGGAUGACAACGCUGUCUGAACCUGGCCUUGGACUCUGGUUUCUGUAUUUGUACUUUUGAUUGCAUGUUGAUAAUGUUUUCCUAUCUUAUUUGCAGGGCACUUUUUCUUUCUCUCGUC